GCUAAUAACAUUGCUAACAGCGUGUGACUCGAACCGUAUGGUCGAUAUUUAAUCAAUAAAGAACCGGAGCCGCCUACAAAUGCGCUACAACACACGCAGUUAGGCGUAACCUUUCGUUGGAUGGCCAACCGUCGGAAAUGAGAAGGGAAAAAGGAUACGAGAUUAGGAAACGCGGUCGAAACGCGAUGUGCGAGACGACCAGCAAGCUAGCAAGAUUUACGGGGAGCAGUGAGCAGCAGCGGUGGCCGCGCCCGGGAAUCAUUUGGUGAUUUAACCCCCAAUUCCAACCCUUGAUGCUGAGUGCCAAGCAGGGAGGUAAUGAGUCCCAUUUUUAUAGUCUUUGGUAUGACUCGUCUGGGGAUUGAACUCACGACCUACCGAUCUCAGGGCGGACAGUCUAACCACAAGGCCACUGAGCAGGUGUGUACCUGGUCAAAAAAAAGUUUAAAAUACAUGCUAACAGUGCUAUGUUUACAGUUAGCAUUAGUGAAAUACAAAAAUCAAUGACAAUGAGGUCUAUAACUGUAAAAUUAGCUUUAAAAUUCUAGUAUGAUAAUGUUGUCAUGUUAAAAUUCUAACUGUAACAAGCGUCAUGUACUAAAAUAUACUACUCUAAGGUGUGUACCUGGAAAAAAUUUUUUUUAAAAUGCACGGCCACAGUACUAUGUUAACAUGUUUACAGUUAGCAUUAGUGAAAUACCAAAAUCUAUGACACUGAGGUGUAUACCUGUAAAAUUAGCUUUAAAAUUCUAGUAUGCUAAUGUUGUCAUGCUAAAAUGCUAACUGUAACAAUCUUCACGUACCAAAAUAUAUUACUCUAAAAGGUGUACCUGGGGAAAUUUUUUUUUUAAAUGCAUGCUAACAGUACUAUGUUAACAUGUUUACAGUUAGCAUUAGUGAAAUACCAAAAUCAAUGACACUGAGGUCUAUAUCUGUAAAAUUUGCUUUCAAAUUCUAGUAUGCUAAUGUUGUCAAGCUAAAAUGCUAACUGUAACAAGCGUCAUGUACAAAAAUUAAUUACUCUUAAUGUGCUUACCUGGAAAGAAAAAAAGUUUGAAAUACACGACUAGAGUACUAUGUUAACAUGUUUACAGUUAACAUUAGUGAAAUACCAAAAUCGAUGACAGGUGUAUACCUGUAAAAUUAACAAAAAAAAAUCUGGCAUGCUAAUGUUAUCGUGUUAAAAUGUUAAUUGUAGAAUUUGAUAAAAACAUCUAGCAUGUUUGUUAUCAUGCUAAAAUGCUAACUGUCGAAUUAGCAAAAAAAAUUCUUGCAGGCUGAAAUACUAACUGUAACAAGCGUCAAGUACCAAAAUAUAUUAGUCUGAGGUGUGUACCUGGAAAAAAAUGUUCAAAUGCAUGCUAACUGUACUAUGUUAACACGCUAACAAUAACAUCCUUACAGUUAGCUUUAGUAAAAUAAAAUAUGACAGUGAAGUGUAUACCUGCAUAAUUUGCUAAAAAAAUCUAGCAUGCUAAUGUUAUCGUGUUAAUAUGUUAACUGUAGAAUUAGCUAAAAAUUCUAGCAUGCUCAUGUUAUCAUGCUAAAAUGCUAACUGGAACAAACGUCAAGUACCAAAAUAUAUUACUCUGAGGUGUGUACCUGAACUUUUUUAUAGUACCAGCCUGCAAACAGUAGCAGGUAUCAUUUGUCAAGGUGUAUACCUGCAAAAUUAGCUUAAAAAGUUAACAUACUAACAUUAGCACGCUAACAGGUAUAAUUUUUCAAGUGACACAAUAUUUAACGCUAAAGUGUAUAGGUGAAAAAAAUAGUUUAAAAAACUAGCAUACUAACGUUAGCCUGCUAACAGAUAUUCGUCAAGUGACAGAAUAUUUGAAGCUGAAGUGUGUACCUGCAAAAUUAUAUAAAAAAACUUGCAUAUUAACGUUAGCAUGCUAACAGGUAUCAUUUGUCAAGUGACUAAAUAUUUGACACUGAAAUGUAUACUUGCAACAUAAGCUAAAAAAGCUGGCAUACUAAUGUUAGCAUGCUAAUAGGUAUCAUUUGUCAAGUGACAAAAUAUUUGACGCUGAGGUGUAUACCUGCAAAAUUUGUUAAAAAGCUCCUAUACUAACGUUAGCAUGCUAUCAUUUGUCAAAUGACAAAUACUUGACGCUUGGGUGUAUACCUACAAAAUUAGUAAAAAAAAUAGCAUACUAGUGUUAGCAUGCUAACAGGUAUCAUUUGUCAAGUGACAAAAUACUACAAAAUUAGCUAAAAGAGCUAGCAUACUGACAUUAGCAUGCUAACAGGUAUAUGUCAAGUGACAAAAUAUUUGCAAAUUCAGCUAAAAAGCUAACAUGCUAAUAUCAAUAUGCUAAUGUUUGUGGCGCGGGCCAUUAAAACUAUGGACACCCUUGCUAUAAGCACAACACGACCCAAAGGCGAUGUAGCAAUGUCAACAAAUGAGUAUCCAUCAGUCAGUCCCACACGCUUGCUACUUUUGUCCUCCAUCCAGGUCCAGGUGGCGCCAUGAGGGCUUGUGGACGAGCUUCCAGGAGGAGGAGGAAGAAACAUGGCAGAGACGUCCAAGCGGUGUGCUGGACCGGCGUCUCCUGACCUCGCCAUGGUUUUGUCCUUCCAGCGUCUCUGAGCCACCAUCUUCAGUGCGUGAGGCUGCUGAGGUUCCUUCGCCGGCGGGGAUUUGCACCUACGCCGCUGCGCCCGGCAACCUUCCCAGGCACAGGACGAGGUCUGCAGGCGGUCAGGAACAUGGAGGCCGGUCAGCUGCUGAUUUCUCUGCCACAGUCCUGUCUCCUGACAACGUCCACUGUGAUGGACAGCUACCUCGGCCCGUUUAUCAAGAGCUGGAAGCCCCGCCCCUCACCUAUGUUGGCGCUCUGUGUCUUCCUGGUGUGUGAGCGACACAGAGGACAGGACUCUGAUUGGUUCCCCUACAUGGACGUUCUGCCCACCACCUACACAUGUCCCGUCUACUUCAGCCAUGAUGUCAUGGCGUUGCUGCCGGCUGGCGUGCGGCGGCGAGCGUUCCAGCAGAAGGAGACCGUGCGACGAAUACACUCCUCUCAUCAGCAGCUGUUCAGGACGCUGCAGCCGGUCCUCAGUAAGCCGGUGGAAGACGUGUUGACGUAUGAAGCGCUCAGGUGGGCAUGGUGCAGCGUCAACACCCGCUCCGUCUUCAUGGCUCAGCCGUCCAACAGCUUUCUGCAGGGACAGGACGUGUACGCCUUAGCUCCCUUGUUGGAUCUGCUCAACCACCGUCCUGACGUGCGGGUCCACGCGGGAUUCAACCAGGCAACAAAGUGCUACGAAAUCAGGAGCGUUUGCGGGACGCCGCGUUUCCAGCAAGCCUUCAUCAACUACGGUUGCCAUGACAACCAGCGCCUGUUGCUGGAGUACGGCUUUGUCGCCCCGGGCAACCCGCACAGCGUAGUCUACGUGGACAAAGAAACCCUCUGCGACCUCCUGAAAGGUGACAGAAGUUUGGAGCAGAAGAUGAAGUUGCUCAGCGAGAACGAUUUCCUGGAUAAUCUGACCGUGUCCAGCGAAGGUCCCGGCUGGAGGCUGAUGACGGCUCUCAGGAUGAUGUCCCUGCCACAAACACUUUAUCACCAGUGGAGGGCAGUGUUGCACGGCCAAGCGGUGGGCGAGGAGGCCGAGCGGUGGAGCGUCUGUGCGGCGGUGAAGUUGUGUGAAGGACUGCUGCUCGGCACGCUCACAGCUCUGGAUCAGAUCGCCAGUCUUCUCCAGCAGGGGGAGCAAUUGUUGAAGGAGCAGCUGCAGGUAGUGGAGGCACUGAGGCUGGAGGAGAAAUGCAUCCUGGGAAGCUGCUUAGAGUCGCUAAGAGGUUCACUCAAAGUGUCGAGCGUGUCGUCAUGCCAACCGGAUGUCAACGACGCAAGCUGACGUUUGAUGAGGGAUGUUCCUACAGCUUCAUUGGAGUCCAGUUCAAUUGGUUGGACAUGAUUUGGAAAGUCACACUGCUGUCCAUACAGAAGGUCCACACUUGACCGUGCAUGGCAGAGAACACACCAGAAAUGAAGUCCAAGGAAUUGUCUGUAGACCUCCAGGACAGGAUUGUCUCCAGGGACAAAUCUGGGGAAGUGUACAGAAAAAUAUCUGCUGCCUUGAAGGUCCCAAUGAGCAGAGUGGUCUCCUUCAUGUGUAAAUGGAAGAAGUUCGGAACCACCAGCACUCUUCCUAGUCCAAACUGAGCUAUCAGGGGAGAAGGACCCUAGUCAGGGAGGUGACCGUGGAUCCGAUGGUCACUCAGUCAGAACUACAGCAUUCCUCUGUGGAGAGAGGAGAACCUUCCUAAAGGACAAUCCACCAAUCAGGCUC